CUUUUGCCAUUGCUUGCUUCAUCGCUACAACUUACUCUAUCUCUCUAAUCUUUCACGAAAACCCACAACAACAAAAAAUAAUCUCAAUCGAGUGAGAAACCAGAAUUCGUUUUGAUCCCCUUGUACGUUGCUUUGAGGAACCACACAAGAACGUUCUUGGAUUGAGAGAAAUAAAUGGCUUUUAAAGGUAUAACAUGGGUUGGGAAUGUGUACCAGAAGUUUGAAGCAAUGUGCUUGGAGGUUGAAGAAAUCAUCGUGCAGGACACAGCAAAAUACGUGGAGAACCAAGUUCAGACAGUUGGAAACUCUAUGAAGAAAUUCUGUUCGGAUGUGGUUGGAGAUUUUCUUCCCGAUGAAUCUGUAGGUUCGGAAAAACCGUUACCGGUUUCUAUGUUACAUGAAUACGCUCCUGUUUGUUCCUUUAAAAAGAAAAGAGAGAGCUUGAACCGAAAAACCAGAGAUGUGAAGCAAGAACAAGAGGUAUCUGAGGGGAAGAAGGAUGGAUGUGAAAUGAAAUUCCGUGGUCUUGAUGCAGAUGAUUACGAUAUCUGUACUUCUCCAAGGCAGUAUAGUUAUGGAGGUCCAUAUAGAAGAACAAGACUAGGUCGCAAACAAAUCUAUAAAAAUGAGGAGGUUUUUCAAGUCACCAGGCCUUCUUAUAUACAGAAAGACUCAAGUAGCUUAUCCAUGGUUCAUAGAUCUCGUGUCAACAAUGAUGUUGGAGCUGUAAAGUCAAGUGAUUCUCCUCCAGUUGAAGUAGAAAGACUCAUCUCUAAAGAGGAAUGUCAGAAAGACGAUAGAACCGAAAAUCAACACGGUCUUACAGUGGUUAAUUCUGUUAGAAGUCAAGACUCAGAGACUAGAACCAAGAAGGAGCAUGGUCUUACGAUGGUUGAUUCUGUUCGAAGUCAAGACUCAGAGACUAGAACCAAAAAUGAGCACGGUCUUACUAUGGUUAAUUCUGUUAGAAGUGAAGAUUCAGAGAUUGGAAUCGAGAAUGAGCACGGUCUUACUGUGGUUAAUUCUGGUAGAUGUCAAGAUUCAGAGAUUCAAACAUCUGUUUCCACUAGCUCACCUGCAGGAUCUGAUGAUUGCAGAAAGGAAACCAAUGAGAAUUCGAUGGAAACAAGUUCGAGUUCUGUCUCAGAGCAGAAAUCAGAGAUUCUUCAAGAGCUUAGUGAGGGAAGAUCACUUGAAGAAAGCUGCAUCAUUGUGGAUAGAGACGAACUCCAUUGUGUUUUUCCUGACAGGAAGGAGAAUGACAAACACAAACCUUACAAGAAGAUCAGAGACGCUAUAUCCUCAAGAAUGAAGCAAAACAGAGAGAAAGAAUACAAACGGCUUGCACGUCAAUGGUACGCAGAAGAUGUCGAAAAUGGCAGAGAAUGCAGCGAAAAUCCGAAACCGGUAGAGGAAAACCGAUCAUCAGAAGAAUCUGAAUGGGAGCUUCUGUAAAAUGUUAAUGGCACUAGUUACACAUAAUAUAAGCAAAAGUAAGCACUGGCUUUGUAAUUAAAGAAUGUAUAAGCAAAACAUAAGAAGCAGCUUAAAAGGCUUCCUCUGGCUCCGAUAAUAAAUAAGGCCCUUGUGUUAAUUUA